CCUGCGUGCGGGCCCCCAUGCGGAGUCUGACGGAGGAGGAGUACGCGUGGGCCUUCAAAGCCUUCCUAGACCGUUCCACCGAGCACCAGUGCAUGGAGGAAUUCAACACCUCGGUGCUGCCAGGCGUGAUAGCCAGAAUCGGAGAUGGAAAAUCCACAAUUAAUGUAUUAGGCGUCGGCAGUGGACCAGGGGAGCAGGACUUGAAAAUGCUCCGGGUAAUCCAGGAAUGCCACCCAGGGAGGCCCAUCGACACUGAUGUGAUUGAGCCUAAUGCAAAGCAUAUUGGGAAAUUCAAAGCCCUGGUGGGUUCCUCGUCCGGGCUGGAGAAUGUGAAGUUCCACUGGCACCAGUUAACGGCAGAGGACCACAAGGCCCGGAUGCAGGGCAAAGCUGGACGGAAGGAGUACCACUUCAUCCACCUGGUCCAGAUGCUCUAUCGGGUGGAUGAUAUUGCUGCUACCAUCAAGUUUUUCUAUAGUUGCCUGGCAGCUGGUGGUAAACUCCUGAUCAUCAUCCUGUCAGGAAGCAGUGGCUGGGCCGGACUUUGGAGGAGCCACCAGCACUGCCUGCCCUCGACGGACAGCGGUCACUAUGUGACGUCUCUGGACAUCCAGGCCAUCCUGCGGAGACUGGGGCUGGAGCACAGGGUCUAUGACCUGCCCUCCCGCUGGGACAUCACCGAGUGCUUCGCCGAAGGGGACAAGGUCGGGGGGCUCAUGCUGGACUUCCUGACGGGAACGAAGGACUUCAGGGAUACCGCGCCCCUCGACCUCAAGACCCGGCUGAGGGAGGCGCUGCGCCGGCCUGAGUGCAGCAGCCUGGAAGGUGGGAGGGUGAUGUUCAACAACAAUCUGAGCAUGAUCGUCGUGCCAGCCCCGGAGGUACCUGCUGUCCUGGAGGCCCCAGUUGCCCUAUGCCACCAGAGGCCCAAGGCAGUGGAGUAGGGCACUGUUGGACCCACCCAGAGUGGGGAGUUGGGGGGGGGGGCGAGCAGAGUGCUGCUUAACCCCCUGGAGCCCAGGCAGAGGGGCCUGAUUAGUGUCCACACUGUGAUAAAAGAGGAAAGCUGAGGGCAGCGUCCAGGGCUGGUUCUGUUGGGCAGGUCGGGGAAGGAGGGUGACUUGGGUUGGGACCUGCACCAGGUAAUGCUGGUGGGGAGAGACAGGAGGAUGAUGUUCCAGUGCAGGCGUUUUUCUCAUGGUGAGGCUGGUUGUCCCCUGCAAAGAUUUUCAGCUCGAACAGGAAGCUAAGUCACAGCCAGAACAUGGUAUUGGCCCAACCCAGCAAGCCCAUUGACUCUUAAGAUGGCUACUGAAUGGGUGGUGCCUUCCUUACCUGAGAAGAAGUAACACCAUGCUGUCUGCCCC